AUGUCAGUCUCUGGUAUUGACCCCUUUCGCUCCAUGGAUCUCCCCACCCCAUCUUUUGUAACCUAUGCUCAUCAGAAUAAGGUGUCUUUUUGCUUGAUGUCCUUCUUCGUUGGCAACUUGAUAGAAAGCCAGCUCUUAUCAACAGGUGCCUUCGAAGUCUACUUCAAUGAUAUGCCGAUUUGGUCGAAAUUGGACUCCCAACGCAUACCACAGCCACACGAACUGAUUGAAAUCAUUAAACAUCAGAUGGAACUUGAGCGAAAGACAUCUCAUUUUAAGCCCCAUAACCCCUCGCACUUCCCCCAUCAGACUUCCGCCUAG